ACCCGCGAAUCUUACACUUACGCACCUCAGCCUCACAUGCCAUACCACUGCCCUGUUUCUCUUGCAUCUCUUGCAUUCCUAGAACGCCAGACCCUGCAAGAACUAACACAUAUUUGGUGAUAGAUCAUCGGUUAUCAUUCGGCGUUCAAUAUGACAGACUUCUCUUCAUCUUCGCCUAUCAAGGUGGCAGAAGAACCAAUGGCAGAUGUCGCUGCUACUAUUACUGCGAGCACGUCAGUGGGCGGUCAGUGUGAACCACAAGUUGGUAACCAAACAACCAUUGAAAUUGAAAGAAGGACCUCAAAUCUUGCUGAUCCGGACCACGCCAAAUUAGGCGGUAAUGAUGUAGCCAAUGGUGCUUCUACCACCGAAGGCGCGGAUCCAGCCAACACCACCCAGGCUAUCGGAUCGAUCGAAGUUGGCGUAGACACAGAAAAGAAAUCGAAGAAGAAGAGAAAGCCAGCUAAGAAAAAGAUUGGAAAGAAUGUUACCGGCUUUGAAGAGUUUUAUGCAGAUGCUCCCAUAACCCCUGAAGAGGCCAGAAAAGAGAAGAAAGAGCUCUAUGAUACGUCCCGUGGGUUUCCUGAUCGCAUUGAGGAAUGCCUUCAACGUUACCGAGCCAACCGCCGGAUGGACGUAGAACGUACCAUGAUGUUCAACAAGUACUUGUGGCUUGGCGGCAUUGACUCAUCUCAACGCCAAUUCACUGGAUUUGCCGAGGACCGCGAAGCUCUGGCCAAGGCAGACGCUGUGGAGAUUCGCCAGAUGACCGCAACCGACUUUGUUGGCGGUAGUGGCAGCCGAUUUUAUGAUCUUCGAGGUUCUGAGAAUUGGUUCGUUGACUUUACGGGAAUUGUCAAGGGGUUUUUGUCUCGAACGAUCCCAUCAAUCUACCUAUAUGACGAGGCAGCUAACCAACUGGCUGCUGGAACCAUCAAGAACUUUCUGAAUUACGUCUUGAUGCACGAUGUCUGCCCUGAAUACGAAGAUGACAUUCAGGCCGCCAGGGCGAUUUGCGACAUUGCCCCCCUCGAAUUACGCAUGACGCAUGACCUGCUCAACGAACUACCUGGUAACUUCAAUGCUAUUGCGAACUCGCUCUUUACUGACCGACUAGUCGACAAGCUUGACAUUACUGAGAAUUUUGACAAACUGCUCAUGUUCCGCUUCGCCGUCCUGCUUUCACCCUUAUCCGGCGACGUAAAAAAGAAGUUCUUGAGUUUCAAAGAUCCCAGUACGAACAAAGUCGUCAAUACGAAAGAAGAAACAUACCAAGUGAUUGAAAAAAUCAAGUUGAGCCGGGCAAAGGUCAAGGAGAACCAGCAAGAGCUUGAGAAGGCUGGCCAUUCGGGCAAGUGGAAUCCGACUGGCGUCAUCAAGGUCAAGCCUUCUAUUAUCGAAUUCGGCUACGAUAACUUGCCUCGUGCCGAUGAGGUUGACCUAAGCAAUGCGUUGCCGGAAGAUUAUCUGGUUGAGGAAGAAUUGCUUGUCAAGUUUGAGAAAGGGAUGAAAAUCAAGGCCGUCGUAUGCGAACUCGACUUCGGCAUCCGCUUCAUCAAGGAGAUCAAGGAUGUGCGGGUUUCAUUUGACUUGUUUCUACCGCAGAUGUUGAUGGAGAAUUGGAAGGAUCCUGUCCCUAACGACCGACCCCCUCCGUCGGUCUCCAACCCGAACGUCGAAGAGAAUGCCAUGGACGACGAUGAAUAGGCGAGCUGAGGUACAAUGCUGAGCUUGCCGGGCUGGCAGUGAAGAUGAAAAGACUUGGUAAGGCUCAAAGUCUUAGCCUUUUAUGCGACCAAGCUUGCUGAAAACUUUGCGAUGGCUCUCCGGGUUUUGCUCAGAAGGAAUGGAAAUCCGGACUAGGAGCAUGUUGCUAGAUACUGAUACCCUUUGCUAAUAACCAAGAAAAGACAGCCUCGGGGCUAAUUGAUGCGAUAAGUCUUGAUCUGAUUGAUUAUCGUUUUUUUCCUUAGUGA